UGAAAGUUCUGCUAAAAAAGGACAACCCCAAAUAGAGGGAAUUUUGAAAGCAGCAGCAAUAUGUAAUAAAGAUUACAGAUGCAAAGCGAGACAGGCCUCGAGCUUUUAGCACGACUUGGGAGCCGUCCCUCUAUAUCUGAUGUCUUGCCAGCCGUAUUUAAAGAAGGACCCAAUCCAAAAGAUGUCAUUGAGCUUUAUGGACCGGAAGGAACAGGCAAAACAGAAAUCCUGCUCAAUAUUGUGGCCCACACAAUCCUACCUAAAUCUUGGAAAUCCAUUCCACUGAAUGGAAAGGAUGCAACUGUCAUUUUCAUCGACAAUGAUUAUAAAUUUUGCAUUCUUAGACUUGUAACACUGAUGGAAAGUAGGAUAAAUAUGAUUCUGAAAAAUGUUGGUCAACAUGAACAGACAACUUCUGAUGUUGAGAUGCUUAUUCAAAAGAGUUUAUCUAAGCUGUCAUUAAUACGAUGUUCCAGUAGUGCUGACUUACUUGUGACACUAUAUAGUCUAGAACAAACAAUUCUUAGCAACCCUAAUCUAGCUGUAAUAAUGAUUGACAGCAUCUCUGCGUUUUAUUGGAUUGACAAAUGUAAUUGUGGAGAAAGUCUAUCUGCCCAGGAGAGGAAUGUGAGACUCGUCACAGAAGUGUUGUCUAAAUUUGUGAAGGAUUUCAGUGUAGUUGUGAUAGCCACAAAGUGUGAAUAUUUCAAGAAGAAGAUCCCAAAAGAUGACCCAUAUUCUGAAACUUCUUCCAGUGUUCCAGAUAAAAUGGACCAUCAAGAAUUUCUGUGUAAACCAUGGGGACAGCUUGUAACACAGAGGUUUAUUUUAGAAAAACAGCCUGCAAAUACUUUCAAGUGUCAGAUUGAAACUUCUAAAAAUAAUGUAUCUGUCAUCAAAUUUAAAAUUACAGAAAAUGGUAUAAAAUGUGUGUCUGGAAAUUUAUAA